ACCAAAUGCUUUUUUAAAUAUCAACUCUUAAGAGACUCUUUACUCCUAAUUUCUCCUUUUUAGUGUAGUGUAGAGAGCAAUAACAGAAACAAAUGUUCCUAAUUUUUUCUACCAACUUUUAUACCAAAUGCUUUUUUAAAUAUCAACUCUUUCUCUUGAAAAUGUGUCUUUUAUUCCUUGAAAAUGUGAAACGUGUUCUAAAAUUGAGUUCUUGCAUUUUCUUCUUUUUUGAUGUGUGCUUUGAUCUGCUUUCCUUGAGCCGAGGGUCUAUCAAAAACAUUCUUUCUACCUUCCAUGAUAGGGGUAAAGUUUACAUACACUUUAUUCUCUCCAGAUCCCACUUAUGGAAUUACAGGAGUAUGAUAUUGUUAUUAUAGUUCUUUCUCUCUUCUUGCUAAGAGCAAUAUUGAUCACCAUGGAGGGUGGUGGAUGAAUGUGAUUCCUUCAUCCUUAAAUAGAAGCUUUGGAUUUGAAUCCCGGAGUGGAAAAAGUCUAGGUGGGAACAGUUCAGAUUAAGUGGGCCUUAUGUAGCAUUAAAGGACAUUUCAUGUUUAUGUAGAGUCUGGGGGAGGGUCGCAUCCUAAGAGAGAGUGAUGUAAACAACUACUCUUAUGCAAGUAUCAGUAGCUGAUUCCACGGCUGGAAACUAUGACUAUAGGUCACAUAACGAUGGAAAAGACAAUUUGGUUGCUAGUAGCAAUAUUAGGGUUGGUGCUUUUAAGUCUAGGAAGAGUUGAGGGAAGAAAAUCAAGAAUUCUUGAUGAGUCUUCCUCUACUUCUUCCUAUGAUUUAGAGUACUCAGCAAUAAGUUGUAGAGCACACAGUGCAUCCAUAACAGAUUUUGGUGGAGUUGGUGAUGGAAAAACACUCAACACAAAGGCAUUUCAAGAAGCAGUUAAUCAGUUGAGCCAGUAUGCAUCAGAUGGUGGAUCUCAACUUCUUGUACCUGCUGGUCAGUGGCUCACAGGUAGCUUCAAUCUUACUAGCCACUUCACUCUCUUCCUUCAUAAGGAUGCUGUUCUUCUUGCUUCUCAGGAAAUAAAUGAGUGGGCUGUUAUAGACCCCUUACCAUCAUAUGGUCAUGGGAGGGAUGCAGCAGGUGGAAGGUACAUCAGUCUUUUAUUUGGCACUAACCUCACUGAUGUUAUCAUCACAGGUGAGAAUGGGACAAUAGAUGGGCAGGGUGAACUUUGGUGGCUGAAAUUUCACAGCAAAAAGCUAAAAUACACAAGGCCUUGCCUGAUUGAAAUUAUGCAUUCUGAUAAUAUUCAGAUAUCAAAUCUAACUCUUGUGAACUCCCCAUCUUGGAAUAUCCAUCCUGUUUAUAGCAGCAAUAUCAUUGUCCAAGGCAUCACUAUUUUAGCUCCAAUAAAAUCUCCUAACACUGAUGGGAUCAAUCCAGAUUCUUGCACAAACAUGAGAAUUGAAGACAACUACAUUGUAUCUGGAGAUGAUUGUGUGGCAGUUAAAAGUGGUUGGGAUGAAUAUGGCAUAAAUUAUGGGAUGCCAACAAGUCAAUUGAUCAUCAGGCGCCUCACCUGCAUUUCACCUUAUAGUGCUGCAAUAGCAUUAGGAAGUGAGAUGUCAGGUGGGAUUCAAGACGUUAGAGCCGACGACAUCACAGCAAUUAACACGGAAUCAGGGGUCAGGAUCAAGACUGGUGUUGGCCGAGGCGGUUUUGUCAAAGAUGUAUAUGUCAAAGGGAUGACACUCCACACCAUGAAAUGGGUAUUUUGGAUGACAGGCAACUAUGGACAACAUGCUGACACUCACUGGGAUCCUAAUGCAUUACCAGAGAUAAAAGGGAUCAAUUACCGGGAUGUGGUGGCUGUGAACGUGUCAAUGGCUGCUCGCCUUGAGGGGAUUUCCGGGGAUCCGUUCACAGGAAUCUGCAUUUCAAAUGUGACAAUAAGUAUGGCAAAGAAGGCCAAGAAGUAUCCAUGGACUUGCACUGAUGUUGAAGGAAUUACAAGUGGUGUGCAGCCUCCACCUUGUGAGUUGUUGCCUGAUCAGGGCCCAGAAAAGGUUGAAAUGUGUACUUUUCCUACAGAGAGUUUGGCCAUUGAUAACAUAGAGAUGCAAAGAUGUUCCUAUAGAUUGAAUUACUGAUAAGUUCUCCAAAAGGUAUCAGCGAUAUAUAAGUGUAAUUAACUAUCUGAAAUUUUAGUGCUUUCAUCUUCAAUGUUAA